UUUUUCAUUUUUGCUUGAGGGAAGGACGCAUCCUUUGCAAACUGAACUCGGAAGGCGAAUCGAGUCGAUCGCCCCACCCCGGCAAACCCCCACCUUGGUCAGCGCGAUGCCGGGAGAUCCGGACGCCGCCGCCGCCGGCGCCCACCCCGCGUCGACCGGCAAGGGGCCCCGCUCGUCGACGCGGCACCGGCAGUUCCGCGACCGUGCCAAGACCCGCGUGGACGACCUCCAGGAUAUGUUCUCCGGCCUCCAGUCCGCGCGCAAGGAGAGCCGCUCCGCCGACGCCGCCGUCCUCGAGGAGCAGGUACACCAGAUGCUCCGCGAGUGGCGCGCCGAGCUCAGCGUCCCCUCCCCCGCCUCCUCCCUCCAGGGGAACAACCGGGAGUUCUCGGAUCCGCCCUCGGAGACGCUGCGGCUGCUGCAGCUGGCGAUGGCCGAGGAGGACGAUGACGCGACCAGCAAGCUGGCUGUGCCCCGAUCGCCACUGCCGAUGCUGGCUUCUCAUCAGAGCCACGAGCACGGGCAGAACGGCCGGAUGCCCGAUCCCGAUCAGCAGUGUGAGGCUGUGGCUGGGGGCGCGCAGGGAGAUUGUGGUGAAGUGGCUGCUGUUGCUAAUGCAAUGUUCAAUGAUCAGAUGUACUAUAUAGACCAUGAACUCAGUAUUGAUGAUUUUCCUCGUGAUGAUGAUUACAAAAUGAGCUUUCCUGACUCAAACCAAGAUCACUUCAAUAAACUGCAUGGGAUCGUUCAGCUGGAACAUCAACAGUUCAAUUUUCCAUUAGAUCUGCCGCCUCCUAAUUCAUAUGUUGAUGCGAAUAAUUCCGUGCAAGAUACUGGAGAUGUUUUUGUCCACAUGUCAGAUUUGCUUGCAACAAUGCGUCCGUCACCGUCUCAGUAUUUGGGGCCAAAAUGUGCACUCUGGGACUGUGGUCGACCUGUUGGAGGGUCGGAAGAGCGUCAAGAUUACUGCAACCCUUACCAUGCUGGUUUGGCUCUGAAUGAUGAUGGUCUUCUUGGGACAAGACCUGUGAUGCGUCCAAGAGGUAUUGAUUUGAAAGAUGGGCCGCUGUUUACUGCUCUUAUUGCAAAAGUCCAAGGAAAGAAUGUUGGUAUUCCUGUGUGUGAAGGGGCUGCAACUUCUAAAUCACCAUGGAAUGCACCUGAACUUUUCGAUCUUUCUCUUCUGGAGGGUGAAUCUCUUAGAGAAUGGCUAUUCUUUGACACUUCAAGAAGGGCAUUUGAGAGUGGCAACCGGAAGCAAAGGUCACUGCCAGAUUACAGUGGCCGUGGAUGGCAUGAAUCGAGGAAGCAGGUGAUGAAAGAUUUUGGGGGUCUGAAGAGGUCCUAUUACAUGGACCCACAGCCAUCCAGCAACUAUGAGUGGCAUCUUUUUGAGUAUGAGAUCAAUGAUUCUGAUGCUCUUGCCUUGUACCGUCUUGAGCUUAAGUCUUCUGAUCCUAAAAAGAGUGCCAAAUCAAAACUAGCUAGUACUUCACUGAAUGAAAUCCAGCAGCAAAUGGUCAUGCUUACCGCGGACAGUCCAGUGGAAAAUAAACGGACUGCUAGGAGCAUACCAAAGGCUAAUCAAAAGGGUAGCAAUGCAAAGGUUUAUCCACAUGUUAACACCCCCAGUCAAGUUACUGCUCCGAAUGCUUAUCAAGCAGUGCCACGGGCAGACCAGAUAACAUUUCUGAAUGAGAACGUUGUUUAUGGACCUCAUCUUCCACAUUCAGAAAACGUUAUUUAUGGACCUCAUCUUCCACAUGGUUACUCAGCGGAAGGAAGCAGCUUCUAUUGGCACCCAAGUGACGGGACUUGAAGAUAAGACAGUAGCUUAUACGUUGUGCAGCAUUUGUGAGGCACGAACGCUAACAUCAUCAGCUGGGGCUCAACAGCGUGGCCCCAUACUUUUUCUAAUUGUAAUUGGUUGGUUCUUCUGGGGACCUGGCUGCCUGAUAUGUUUGAAACACAAUGCUAAAGUUGGCAUUAACUUCGACUGUAAAAUAUAGUCCGGUGCCCUAUCUGUCAAUCGAGUGUAAGAUAAAUAGAAAAACUGCUAUUAGGCUUUUGAUUAUGAAUUUCUUUGAGUGGUUUUGGGUUCUGAAUUGAGAUGGGUAUGUUUUCCCCUUUCU